AUGCUAAUUAUUCGGAAACUUGUGGAAUCCGCGGCCGUCAACGCGGUGUGCGUGCUGCAACUCGAAAACGGUCUCUCCGUUCUGCUGGCAGCCAUCUCUGAAAGCGUUCAUGUGUACGACAUCUGCCUCGUUGACGGUGCUCCGUCGUCGUCGAGCACCGCUUACGACGCCCGCCCGCGUGGUCACGUCUUUCACGUUGGCUGCGGCGUUGUCAGCCUUCUCGCCCUGGCCAACCAAUGCGUCUUCUUGUGGACGCGCGAUCAGGAGUGCAUUAUCGUGCGCUAUCAAGCAAACCUCGCCACGGCGCUGGUCGACCCGCGUGUGGUAGAUUCCGAUCACGUGUACCGCCCCAGCGGGGAGCCAUCUCCCGUGCACUACAAGGAGCACCACUGGUACGUCGUGGAGCGGCUCCGGCUGUGGUGCCCCGACGCCUGUGCCUCGCUGCACUCACCCGAGCUGGGUGUGAACGACAGCGUGGAAAUGGUGCACCUUCGCUUCUGCAGUGAGCACGUCUUUUUCGUGUGCAUUAAGUGGGAACGCACCUGCGUACCCGGCAGAGCCGCCGCGACGUCAUCGACGGCUUUGAGUAACAAUCCAAGUGUCCCUUCGUCUGCCUCGGUACCCUCACUGGUCACGACACGCUGGCAUACGUGCGACUACAUGCGCCUGUUCGCCGAGAACCGAUUUCCGUACCCGACGCAGAACUGCAGCGUCGCUACCCGCCGCCCGGGCGAGUCGGCCGAGGCCCAUCAGCAGCGCAUUGAACAACUCUGGCAGUCCGGCUCGACCUUCGCCAACGUGCUGGACGAGGAUCUCAUCGCCACCCACGCCGUGAUGGAGCUGUCGAAGCGCAAGACCGCCGCGACGCCGACUGUUCUCGCCGCCUUGUCUACCGGCCCUGAGAAAGUCGACUGGUGCGGAGUGCAGGCGGUGACCGUGCACCGCGAGACGUACUCCUCUCCCUCUCCGUUGAUGCCGACCCCUGCGUUCUACUGCAACGCGCGUCAGGGCGGCUUCACCAACGUGCGUAUUGUGUCGGGGCGGGCCGCCGUGUACCAGGCCUCGCUUGACUUGUCCACCUCGAAGUCCACCGCGGUCAAAGACGACUACGCAGCGGACCGCAUCGGCGCGCUUGCGGUUAGCUCGCCGCGGCGUGCCAGCCGCCGUGGACUCGACUGGACGCUGCUCGCUUUUCUCACAUCGACGAGCCACACCGCGAUCUAUCAUCUGCAACGUGCUCGCACCCCUCUCGGGACGCCGCAGUACGUGCUGGACGGCCUCUUCUCCGGCCCGCUGCGUGUACAACAGGUGCUCUUCUGCACGCACAGCGGAGACGCGAGCAACGAUGUGUGGGUGGCGUUGGACAGCGGAGUGGUGACGCGGUUCUCGAUUGCGGCGCUGCGCGCGCGGUCCGCAGACGCGCGUGACGUGAGGAACGUGCACCUCUAUCCCUGGCCCGAGACCGCCAUCGCCGGACUCCCCGCCACCUUCUUGUGCCGUCGUUUGCUCCCCGCAGACACCCUAUUCCAUCCUAUUCGAGGGUCGGAAGGGGUAAUCAACAACGGGGCCAGCGCCAACAGCAGCACAGGCGUCAAGAACGGUUCGCUCUCCGUGUACCCGUGCACGAAGCGUUAUGCGUUGCUGUCGGACUGCGUGCAGGACGUCUACGUCGUGGAUCUCGUGGAGCGACGCGUUGUGGCGGCCCUGGCCGGAGACGGCCCCAUGACGGAUGUCUGUGAGGCCCCACACGGCUACGUGGCCGCCUUCGCCCGCGGCGUACUGCGCUACUUCCAACCGGGCAUGCAGCUGCACGUGCGCGGCACGGUGCGUCUGCCCCCUUUUGGCAUGCCGAUCCGCUCGAUCUAUGCCGCACGCGUGACGGACCGCCGCACCGCUACUGGCGCAACUUCUGCGAGCUCGCCUGGCGUGCGCGUCGAGGCCGGCGUGUACGUGAUGAUGAGCACGCACCACACCUCACAGCUGUAUCGUGUGGAGGACGCGAACAUGUGUGCCUGUACGUCAGACGCAUGGGUCUAUGAGAAGAACGAGGCGACGCUGGCUUUUGAUGCAGUGACGGAGGGGCAUGUUGCUGGUGCGCUGGACGGCAACUCCCCCACCGUGCUAGUGCAGUGCACCCCCACCCGCUGCGUGUUUGGCUCCACAGUGCACCGGCUGCCGUCCCCGCUGGUCCGCGCCGUCGUCACGGUGGUGCCGGGCGUGGGGGCGGUGUGCGUUGGUGCCUUCUGCGAGGCCGCGCUGGCCGGCACCCACCUCUCCGUCGCCGUCGCCGACGCCGGCGUGUGUACGGUGGAUGUGGCGACGAAGACGGGUGUUUCGCUCGGCUUCCCGGCCUGCCUGACCGCGCGCGGGAUGACCGGCGCGUCCGUGGAGGUGCUUGUCGGACGUUGGGAUGGCUGCGUGACGGUGUUGGAGCUGCAACGAGCGGGCGAGCCGGCGGCGUGGCGCUGCGUUGCUUCUCAAACCAUCCAAGCCGCGUUUGGCACCGCCUCUCCGGUGCAGCAAUUUCUGCCGCUUCCCCGCGCAGGGGUGAUGUCGCGAUGGAUGGCCGCGCACAGCAGCGGCGAGGUGUCCAUCCUCGCCCUCGCACGCAAGCAACAAACCACUGGUCCGUCUUCAACAGAAGCUGAACAGGAGGAAAAGGAAUGCACCGGCGGUGCGGGGUGGGUGUUUUCGUGGGCGCCGACUUCACCUCCGUACCGCCGGGCUCAGCAGAAGGUGACGUGCGCGAUGGCUUCCUUGGUGCGUGCCCCGGUUGAUGCCGCGAAGGACGGUGAGGAAGAGAAGGAGGUGUACAACGGGUUCGACGGGGCGCUGCUGCAGCCACGCGACGGCGCCCUGCUCUUCUUCUCCGUGCCACUCGAAGAGGGCGACACGCAGGCCCCUCCCCACAUGCAGCGCCUGCGCGAGCGCGACGAGGAAGAUGGGGAGUGGGUGGUGCGUCUGGAGAACACUGUCCGCGCCAUUGUCCCACCGGACGCGACAGGGCAGGUCCGCGCCGCCCCCUGGCGAUGUGCGGUGCUGCUAGAGACGAUCACCGCGGAUGGGACACUGCGCUACGAUGCGCUGGUCGUGCAGCAGGAUGAGAUCACGCUGUGCACGCUGGACACCCACCUCUUUGCCAAGCCCUACCCACGCCCGCGCGCGACGCUGUCAACGACGAACUCCUCCCCCUCUUCCUCUUCGACCACCGCACCGUCCGCCGGCGCCCGCCACGUCCCCCUCCCACCGCCCCCAACUCGAGCCCACGUGCUGGCGUGCACGGCGCCAAGUCGGUACAUAUGCACCCACCGCCUGCAGCUGCCGCAGCUGAACCCGCACGAAACGCUCGUCUCCAUCGCGCGCGAGCCGGACGACGAGGGCGAGGGCGUUUUGCUGUGCGUGACGGUGUGCGACCAGACGUCGCUGACGCGGCUCACAACGCUGCACUCCGGUACUCUGGCGGUGCUGGACUCCUUCGUCCUGCACGAGAGCAUCGCGCAUUGGAUGUCGGCGGUGCCGCCCAGCACGCCUCGCAUCGCCCGCGCCGCUCCGCUCUUUCUCAUGUGCUCGGAGAACACACACAACGGCACCGUGGAGUUGCAGGUCGUGGCGGCCCACCCCCUGCGCAUCGCCUCUAGCGAGACCUUGGAGGACUCCCCCGGCUGGCUUGACGUGGUCUCGAGCGGCGUGAGCGUGGACGGUGCGGUGCAGGUGGUGCCGACCCGCAUCAACAGCGAGGGCGACACCUACGGCGGCGAAGUCCUGGUGACGGUCACCGUGGACUACGCGAUUCACCUCUUUGUGCUGCGCGGCUACACAUUGCUGUUUCAGCACUGCGUGUUGGCCCCCGCCUGCACCACCUCUGUCACGCUCUGCUACCCCAUCGUCACGGUCUGCACGGAAGGUGACUCGAACGUGUACCUGCAGGUGUACCCGGUGAACGAUGACACGGAGGUGUUCGCGCCGAGCUACUCGGAGGAAUCCACCAAGCCGCUGAAGAAGUACGGCAAGGUGUCGUGGAAGAUGCGUGUGUCGAUGCGGGAGCCGACCUUCGGCGCCAGCGUCCUCGCGCAGGCGCCGUUGUACGACCGCUGCGUCCGCACCGACGUCGAGGGCGAUGUGACGGUGAUGUUCAUCACCCUCGCACCGGCCAACAGCAAGACACGCAGCGCGGCCCACAUCAAAGGCGAGGACUCCUACGUUGGCUCCGCGGAGGGCCCGCAGACGUUCCUCACGCACGCCGUUCGCCUGCCCACGGUGCCGGUGAAGGCGCGGGUGCUACGUCAUGUCGCGCCGAUUCAGCGCCGCUACCCCCGUCAGCUGCAGUGCAGCGGCCACAACUACCAUCUGCAGUCAAGUAGCGUGCGGAAGGACUGCUCGUCGCGGCUGCUGCUGCUGCCCUGCCACGACGGCAGCCUCUACGGUGCGUUGGAGAUUCCGUACGGCUUUGCGCAUCCGCUGAUGCGGCUGGAGCAGGUGAUCACCGACGCCUACGCACUGGAUUUGUCGGUGGAUGUGAACCCGUCAGCGCCUGCGGGGGUGCUGCAAUACACGUACCACCUUCGGCCCUUUCGCGUGGCACGUGCGCUGCAACCCCUCACCGGGAUGCGGCAGGCGGAGAAGCAAGCCUGUGUGAUGGCGGACGCCGUCUUUGAGUACUUCCUGCUUCGCGAUUUGGUGCAGAAUGGAUAUGGCGCGGUUGCGUCUUCUUCCGCUCCCGCCCUGUCCACGCCGUCAUGCAGGAGGUCAGUGUCGCAUGCCCCUGCUGCCACGGGCGCUGUCGACGUUCCGCCGGAGAGCGACGCUGCGGUGGUGCGGCGCAAGUUUACCGCUUUAGACGACGUCGUGCAGACACUGCUAACGGAGGAGUAUGGGGAUGACUUCACGGUGGACACGUGCGCGGAGAUGCUGAACGUACUGUAG